UGACCUUAGCAACCAGAACCUGGAAGGCUCCCCGCCGUCUGCGCUCUUCACGCUCACGUCGCUUCAACAACUAAAGCUCAACGAUAAUUCGUUAGAGGGCUCUCUGCUGGAUGCUAUAGGGAACCUAACCCAACUAACCCUGCUGUCUCUGGGCAGAAACGAGCUCUCAGGACCCAUCCCUCCCCCGCUCUCCAACCUUCAAGCUCUCAAGUACCUCCUUCUGAGUGACAACGAGCUGUCCGAGACGGUUCCAGCAGAGCUAGGGAGCAUAACAACGCUCGAGGCGCUGGACUUAAGCAUGAACCGCCUCUCUGGCUUCCUGCCGCCCUCACUGCUCGACUUGCCCGCCCUUGUCUACUU